AUGACAGGUUACAUCCGGCCUUGUCCUUGCAGGUUCAGAGUUGCAACUCGGCCGGGGUGGAAGUUCAGUCGGAAACUUCAAACUUACGACCCAAAAAAGACCAGACAUCUUCAGCCCACACUUUUGCCUUUUUUUGCCCAUUUCAUCAUCAUCACAAGACGGACUGGGACGAGCAGCAAUUUUGCUUUCUUCGUGGCGGAUCCAACCAUUCAAUCAAUCGGACUAUUUCGAAACGAUAACCAACGGGCGUUUCUCUCCACACCUUCGCAACUGGCAGACAUUGGCAGACAUAUCUCAAAUACAACCACAGACAUUGUACGCCCCUCCCACUCAACUCCAACACCAACCUACCCUGAUCCCUGGUACCAGUCGUCAUAUUUGACAUUCCUAUCCUUUCUCUCCUCCCCUCGUCUUCCUUUCCCAGCUGACCGAGAACGAGGCUGUUUCACAGCCUUCGAGCCUCCUUCUUUUUCUCGGUUCAAGACAAUCAUAAAAAUGUUUGCACCAACACGACGUUUAUUUCAAAAGGUCCAACCAUGUCGGAUCACCCUCUUCUCCCGCGAUGAGUGCGGCUUGUGCGUGCGGGCCAAAUCGGCACUCUCCAACGUUUGGGAUCGCCGGCCUUUUGCUUACACGGAGGUCGUCAUCACGAAGCCAGAGAACAAGAAGUGGAGGGACCUUUACGAUUUCGACGUGCCCGUGUUUACUGCAAAAAUCCACAUUAGCAAAGCCGAGGCCCCUGAGGAGGAUGUCAAACUCGUGGGCAAAGCUGUCAAGCUCAUGCAUCGAUUCGACCCAGAUCAGAUCGAAGCCAAGAUGGAUCAAGUAGAGGGAGAAAAGUAA